CCGACGGUGAUGAAUGUAUGCCAUUGACCUUUAUAGAGGUCACCGGAGGCUGACGUUCACAGUUGAACCAUUCGACAGAUCGGAGUGAGCGACGUUUCAGGAAAUCUACCCGACAGUGCGAAAACAUCUCGUGCCGUCAUCCAAUAUUCCAUGAAUUUACUCCAUGACGUCAUUAACUUACCGCCGGUGGCUCCGCAAUCGGCCAAUCUGGCACAAGAUCCGGCAGUGAUAGAAUAGUUUGAUGACAGCUCGGAUGACUGUGUCUUUGAAUGGGUACCGCAAAAUGCAAUGCAUUUUGAUCCGCAAGUGCAACUGAAACUUCUUCGGUGCCCCAGCCGUUUCCGCUGAAGCUUCUGAAGAUGGCGAUGCUGCUGCCACUGCAGCAGUGUAGCUAGUGGCCAAUGAUAUUUGGCAGCUAAUGAGCUGCGUACGCGCCAGCCCGUGCCGUCCCGUCCCUGGCUCCUGCCACCGUCCGUCUCGCCCGCUGUGUUUAUAUUUCCGCGGCUAUAUAGAGGGCCGUGGCCGCCGGGGCACACACCAGUCGGUUCGCCGACCUCCAGCGGCGCUCGGUGGCAGCAGUGUGUGUGACUGGACUGCACUGGACUGGACUGACCCUCCCCGGCCCCUCGGAGAGCGAUGCGCGCGCUGGUGGCCUGUCUGGCGGUGGCGGCGGCGCUGACGGCGCCGGUCGCCGCGGACAGGUUCCGCACGGUGCUGGUCGGCGGCCAGCCCGACUGGGCCGCGGCCGGCGGCGACCAGGGCUGUGACAUCUGCGGCAGCGGCGGGGGUCACUCGGGCGGCGGCGGCGGCUACCGCACCUCCUCCCACAGCAGUCGCUACACGAGUUCCGGCCAGCUGGCGCCGCGCUACCGGCCCGGCCUGCUCGGCCGCAGCGGCGGCGGCCAGCGGCGCACCUACCACUUCUCCAGCGAGGAGUCCGAGUACACGUUCAGCAACGGCACGCACAGCACCACCAUCACCAGCAAGCGCUCCAGCGAGGGCGUGCCCCAGUUCCACCUGCGCAUGACGCGGCUGGCCGACGGCGCCGUCAUCGAGAGCGCCGUGCUCUCGGAGGCCGAGUACCGCCAGCGGCGCGCCAGCCUCGGCCUCACCGGCUCCGACGGCAGCUUCGGGUUCGAGUCGCUGGGCGGCGGAGAGCUGCACGGCCUGAGCUCGCGCCGUCUCUCGGGCGAGGACCUACUGACGGAGAUGGAACGGCGGCUGGCGCACCGGCGCGGCGGCCACGGCCGGCACUCGACCACCAGCUUCUCCAGCGAGGAGUCGCACUACUCGUUCAGCAACGGCACGCACACCACCAGCAUCACGGGCCGCCGGAACAGCGAGGGCGUGCGCGAGUACGGCCUGGAGCUGAUCCGGGACGCGGACGGCACCGUGCUCGACCGCGCCACCAUCUCGGAGGCCGAGUACCACCGGCGCCGACAGAGCAUGGUCGGCGGGCGCGGCUUCGACGACGUGUUCGACAUCCACGGCGUGCGCGGCUCCGGCGCCAGAUUCGACUCGCGCUUCGACUCGCGGUCCGACUCGCGGUCUGACUCGCGCUUCGACUCGCGGUCCGACUCGCGGUCGCGGUCCCACUCGGAGUUCGGCUCGGACUCUGCUGAGUCGGAGUACGGCUCGCGGUCGGGCGGCCGGCGGCCGACACACGGCGGGUCCUCCGGGUCCCGCUCCACAUCAUAUUUCCGCGAGGAGCGCACCGAGACGCGCCGCGAGGAGGGCGCCGAGAGCUGCGCCUGCGUGCCCCGCUCGCGAUGUCUGUACUCGGACCGGGUGGUCUCGGCGGCCGCGCUGAGCCGCUGCCGGGCCGACGAGGUGUGCUGCCGCGAGCAGCGGCCACUGCUGCCACGGGUGACCACCGACUACCCGCGGCCGGCGCCCACCGAGCCGAGCCGAGUGCGCCGGCCGCAGGCCGAGCCCCAGGUGCGCGAGGAGCCCGCCUGCAACUGCGUGCCGCGCGACACCUGCUCCUACCGCGAGCGCGACUUUUCGCUGGCCGGCCUGCAGAAGUGCCGCCGCCCGAUGGUCUGCUGUAAGCGGCAGCUGGUGUCCCAGCCGUACCAGCCGGCCACGGAGCCGGCUCCGCUGCUGCCGACGCCGGCCCCCGUCUCCCGGCACACCACCCCCGACCCGGCCUUCGUGCAGCGCGAGCGCGACCUGUUCCGGGACAUUGUGCAGCACGUGGACACGGACGAGCGGGCGCCCGUGCAGCGGCCGGUCGACCUCCGCGGCCUGCAGAGCUCGCUCUCGCGGUACGAUGACGCCAGGGACGUCUCCGGCGGCCACCGGCGCUCCGAGGUGAGCCGCACCGAGCACUCGCGCACUGAGACCUCGGGCGCCGCGCCGCUGCCGGCCGUCACCGGCGGCCAGACGAGCAGCACGCGCCACUACAGCUACCGCAGCCGCAGCUCCUCCGGCGAGCAGCUGCCCGAGCCGGCGGACCCGCGCCGGCCGCUCUACCCUGCCGACGGCAGCGCCGGCCACAGCCGCCGCACCCACUCGUACGAGAGGACCAGCUCGGGGUACGGCGGCGCCGGCGCCGACCUGCUGUCCGGCGCCCACGGCUCCGGGUACACGGACAAGGAGGACUCUGCCGAGCAGAGCGGCUCGCGGGUCAUCUCCAGCCGCCGACACUACUCAGAGCGGCGCGUCGUCUCCGGAGAGGACAGCGGCGAGCAGGCCACCACGGGCGGCUACCCGCGCUACCCGGACCGGCCGGUCGACCUGCCGGGCCCGCAGCUGGACUCCUCCAGCAGCUCGCGCCACUACUCCUACCGCAGCUCGUCCAGCUCGACCUCGUCCGGCGAGCAGGGCGACGCAGCGCUGCUGGCCGGCGGCGCCGGUCUGCGCGGCCAGCACGGCGCCCGGCCGGAGCUGACCAGCUCCUCCCGGCGCUACUCGGCCCAGCACUCCACCUCGGGCGGCGGCGGCGGCGGCGGCGGCGCGGGCCUGCUGGCCGGCGGAGACGCGGGCCUCUCCGGCGGCGAGUCGGUCACCUCGUCCCGCCACUACUCCGAGCGGCGCGUGGUGUCCGGGGACGCCGACGGCGAACUGGGCCUGUCCGGCGGCGACCUGGGCCUGUCCGGCGGCGACCUGGGCCUGGCGGGCGGCGACCUGGGUCUGUCCGGCGGCUCCUCGGGCGGCUACUCGAGCGGCUCGAGCUACCGGUCCUCGUCCUCCUGGUCCUCCCGCUCUGAGAGCGGCUCCUCGGGAGGACUGGUGCCGGCCGGCGGCGGCUCCCACCAGUACCCAGCCGGCUCCGCGGGCGGCAGCGGCUCCAGCUACCGCUACUCGUCCAGCUCUCACUCCUCGCAGGCGGCGCCGCUGGAGUCGGGCUCUAGCUACUGGCGCAGCUACUCGCAGCAGUCGCAGCGUCACCGGCGCGGCUGGACCGACCUGUUCACCGGCCGAGACGAGACGCCGCGCGCCGCCGCCCAGGCCGGCGACAGCUGCGUCUGCGUGCGCUUCGACCGCUGCUCGGACGGCAACCUGCUGCACCACGGCGCCGACCUGCUCGACUUCAGUAUCGGCUCCCGGAAGCAGUGCUCCGGGUUCCGGGUGUGCUGUGACACGCCGCCGGAGGUGCUCCGUCAGCUGGAGUCCACUCCGGGCCUCCGGCCGGGCGUGGUCACCUCUGUGCCGACCGCCGAACUGGAUCUGGCCGGCCGCUCCUCGCCGCUGGCGCCGCACGUCGCCAGCUCCCGGCCCUGCGUGUGCGUCUCCUCGUACCUGUGCCAGGGCGGCCAGAUCGGCGCCUCGCAGCAGCUGCUCGUCGACAUGCGCCAGGUGUCGCAGACGGGACGCUGCAGCUACGACGGACAGGUGUGCUGCGCGGUGCCGUGGGCCCAGGUGCAGCCGACGGCCCCGCCGGCGCCAUGCAGCUGUGUGCCCGGAAACCAGUGCCGCCAGCAGGACAUCCUCACCCGCUACACCAACGUCAACGCGCCCACCUGUCCCGGCACUCAGGUGUGUUGCUCCCGUCCGCAGUCGGGCGGCCCGGCGGUCCGUCCGCCCGCCAGCAGCCUGGACCGUAUCGAGUACGACAUGUACCGGUUCUGCAAGUCGUACCCGCUGAGCGUCGCCUGCUCCAGCACUCACCAGUUCAACGUGCUGCCGGCUCUCCGUCCUACGCCGUACUUCGACGCUGAGCGAGACGCCAGAGCGCUGAACGACGCGUUCGGCCUGUUCGGAGUCGACGACGACGUCCUGAUCGGUAUCCUCACCAAGAGGACAUUCAAGGAGCGCGCCCUCAUCAAGCAGGCCUUCGCGCGGCUCACGGGCUCGCGCUGGCCUCGUCCCGUGGCCGUGUUUUCGUCCAGUGCCGCCGGUGGCCGGCUGUUCCAGAUCCGCUGGCCCCGGUCCGGCGGCGGCCCCUGGCUGCGGCCGGCCGAG